AUAAUAUUAACCAGCCUGAUAAUGAAUACGUUAAUGACAAUCGAGAUAAUAUUAAUCAGCUUGAUAAUGAAUACCACGCUGAAAAUAUUAGAGAAACAGACGAAUCUAUGUCUUAUCAGCAAUCAAUAAAUGUUAUCUUCAGAAUACUUGAACAAACGACCCUAGUAAACAAUAGUACACAAGCCGAUAACAUUGAAUCUAUUCAAGAUAACGAUCAUGAAAAAGGCUUGGAUGUAAGUGAUUACGAUUCACCAGGAUGGUCAGAAUGUGAAGAGUGCUAUAGAAAUAAAGAGGAAUUAUGUGAAUAUUGUGGUUGCUCUGUAUGCAAAUGGAAAGGCGACAGAGAUCACAUCCUCUUGUGUGAUGGUCCUUGUGGCAAAAAUUUUCAUACUGAUGAAAUAAGUGUACAAAAAGACAAAAGAUUGAAAUCAAAAAGUGUUAAAAAAUAUAAGACACCACAGGAUACUUUGGAUUCUGAUGAUGAUGACAGUAAAAAUAUAAGGAAAUUUUCAAAAACAAAGACAAUGGGUC